AUGGAGUAUAAGUUUAUUUGCGGUCGUCACCAAUGCAAAGAAAAGGAACCACAUGCGUUAGAGUGUUGUCAACUCAAGAAGAAGGAUGAUUCUAAGGAACAGAACAAGAAGCUAGCGGAUGCUAUAUAUACUAUAGAUGUUCUCUGGCCAUACAUACAAAAUGCAAAAAUUGACGACGUAUCAAUCGAGACAUUUGCUAAUUGGGUGGCAGAAUACGCCACAACCCAUGGCCUAAACAAGCAAUACAUAACUAAUGGAAAUUUACUACGUUGGUAUAAAAUUAUACUUUGGAAAUGGCAAAAAGAAGAGACGGUGAAGUAUAUCCGAGAUAAAAUUAAUAAAGCAAACAAAAUUACAAACUCAAAAAAUGUCGCUAAGGAUGCUUUGGUAAACAGCUUGUUCAUUUAUUACUUUAUUCUUUUCAUUGCCUAUGAUUAUAUUCUUAAUGAAAAUGCUGGGCCAGUGUCCACAAAUGGACUCGAGGAAAAUUUAUCACAUUGCUCUGAGUCUUCCUCUAUAAUCGUAUCCGGUGACUCAAGCCUUCAAGAUCAUCAAGAAGCAUCCGAAAUUUUUAACUUUGCCGGCUUUAAGGAUACAAAGAUUGAUAACAAUCCUAUUAUCGAUCUUAUACUUCAGCAUAACCUAAAUUGUGUUGCACAUAACGAUCCAAUACGAUCUGGUCAUCUUUUUGCAACCUUUCCACACCCAUUAUUAUAUAACAAAAAUCCCGAUAAGUUUGAUGCAAUCAUAAACCGGAAUGAUCGUCAGUUUGGAAAACUAGCCCAUCCAUUAUCAAGGAAGAUGGCAGAAUGGUUUUUCGAGAUUUAUAAACGAUCAAAUUUUACUUCUCACCAUUUCGAAAGGCCAGAGUUUCUGACAUCUAAGGAGGGGCAUUUGGCGGUGCAAAUUGCGUCUACCAUACAAUUAUCCGUGAAUCAUUAUCAAAAAACGGGUAUGAAUUCUCAAUCAGUAAAUUCUGAAGCUACCUGGGAGAAUGGAGAAAUCUGCAAAAUUAAGCCAGAUGGGACUAUAUAUUUUGUUAUCCCCGAAAUGCAUUUUCCAAUUGGAUUCCUUGAAGGUCAGAAGCCGUACCUGCCAAACGCAACAAAAAAAUCACAGACCGAUGCAGAAAAGCUACAAAGGGAGAUUAAAUUGGCGCACGAUUCUCUUUUGAGAGACAUACAAAGCAAAUAUUCAGCUCGGAUUUCGAAAGAAGUCGCUAAAAAAAUAUUUGAAAUUCCAUUCAUCACAUCUCAAAUAACUGGUGAAUAUUUUGAAAGUCUACAUUUAUUAUUGAACAAUUUAUCAACUGAAUGUUUCUUUGUAGGUUCUGAAGCAAUAAUCUCGGUCUCAAAUCGAACGCUUCAUCCAAUAUUGACAACGUGGGAAUUAUGCCGGUUCCGUAUUGAUUUUCACAAGUUAGAAAGGAUAAACGAUAUUCAGAAAAUUUUUUCGGGAAUAUUCGUAUUGCAGGAAUUGUUUGAAAAAAUAAAUACGAGUUGGAAUGAACUUUUUAUAUUUUUGGCUGAUGCUCCUCAGCUACUACCAAAAAAACGCUACAAUUUGUCAACAGGAAUCAUCCCAUUUUAUCAUUAUGCUCUGGGAGAAUAUGACUCUCUUGAGUAUGAUUACCAAUUAUCACAAAACAGAUAA